AUGCAUUCCCUUUUCAUGCCAUGCUUCCCUCUAAUCGAAUAUAGUCUGAAAACCCGCCAGGGAUGUGAAGGUGACACUGCAUACACGACGCCUCAUUCCGUGCUAUCAGGUUCUGUACCGAGAGAGUCGUCACCAAGGCCGGAUAUUCCUUUACCUGGCUCGGAGUCUUCCGUUGCAAGCGUAACUGCCGAAUUGCGCCUCGGCAGGAAGAGAUCUGUUCUGUUUACCCAUGAGGCUACCGGCAUCAACCUCACGUCCAGUGUUGUGGCGGAAAUGCUAGAAGAAUACUAUUUCCAUCUACACCCGAAGUUCCCGCUUUUGCUUGACCCAGUCACCGUAAUCGACAGCUACGAGAAAGAACCCUUGUUGUUCUGGGGCGUAUUGGCUAUUGCAAGCAAAGACUCAGAAAAGCAUACAGCUAUCAACACUCGGUUACAGAUCCUUUCAAGGCAACUGACAGCAGAUAUUAUCCUCCUUGGCACUCGGUCCAUCUACCUUGUCCAAGCUUUACUUCUACUAUAUGUUUGGUCUUCUCCCCAAGGAAGCAUGAAUAAGGAGCCGCUGUCAAUGUACUGCGCACUCGCUAUUUCUAUGGCACGCUCUCUUGGUUUACACCGUCCGCAAUAUCCAUUCCCUUUGUUUGCUGCAAUGUCAUCGGAGGUCGGAACCUUGGAAACUCGGCGAGCAACCUGGCUGUCUUGUUUCAUCGUGGAUCAAUGGCACACCGCAAGAUUCGGGGUACCAAGCUCCGUUAGGAUCGACCACACAGUCCUUCAAGCCCUAAAUGUUCCGAUGCCUGGGGUACCAGCGACUACGAGGAUUCAACUCCAUAUUGCUCUCGUCACCUCAAAGAUUUCGGCUGCCCUAGGAGAAUGUGAGACCUCGGCCACCGGGCUCACGGCGGAUCCCCUUCCGUUUGUGCGGUUGUUUGAAACUGAGCUUGGCAUGAUACAAGAUAGAUAUGCUAGCGAAUGGUCUCCCGCCGAUGAGGUGUCAUUCCUUGACGCGCGGCUUAGCCUGUACUCUUACGUUCUCGACCAGGGGAAGAAUCAGCCCUCAGAAAGCCUUCGUCCAGUGAAUGAAAUCAUCACUCAAAGCAGUGUCACGGCAAGACAGCUCCUGAUUGUGGUGACUACAUUUCCCGAUAUACUGAGUAAAGGGAUAUUUCAUAUCUUCCGCUCUACAAGCUACGCGGUAUUCUUUCUUUUACGCAUCCUUGAAAUGGCGCCUAGUCAGUUCAUCGAUGAAGCGGGUAUUAGGAAUAUCAUCAGACGGACCUUUGCGCUCAUGAAAGACAUGUCUGAAACGGGGAGUGACCGACGGUUUCAAUGCGUACGAGUCUGCAGAAUCAUUGAGCACAUGAUUGAUUAUAAAGACUGGGAUACAGACAUGCCGUUUACAGGUAAAGCCGGAUCAUUUAUGGCCAAUAACUUUGUCGCCGAUGUUGCGGCCAGGGGAAUUAUCAAAGCCAAUCAGCGGCACUCAGCUGCGCGAACAGAACGCGAUUGCGGAGUAUCCGGAGAAGCAGAAGUUUCGGCAGAGGUGGAGUCGGAUUUUAACCUCGACUUUUCAAUAUGGGACCCGAUGGAAUGGGCUGUGAAUUGGCAGAAUAUUGAUGACCUACUCCUUCCCAGCGAAAAUACGCGUGGAUUCUCAUGA